UAUUAAAGAGGAUUAUGGGAUAAGAUGUCUGUGAGGAACGACGUUCGGCCCGGCCGAGAGUCUCUCUCUCUCUCGGGGAAACAGACGGGUCAUGCCGUCUCUCCUCGCCGCCAGCUGCUCUGCUGAAAUCAGGCUUUUCCUCCAGUGCAGGAUGAAGUGGACUCUGCUGUACCGGUACUGGUACUGGUUGCUGUAUUGCCAGACGCUUCUCUGCAGCACCGACACCCAGGAAUCCGACUAUCAGGAAUCGGAUUCAAGUCAAACAGACUCUUCUCAGACAGACACGCAUCUCAUCAGCAGCGGCCUGAUGCAGUGCGGGGAGUACAGUAACGAGGUGAUGCCAAACGGGCAGUGCCGCCUGAUGGCCACGCUGCCCCAGCUGGAGGAACAGCGCUGUCCCGACAUGUUCCGCUGCACAGACGAGGUUUCCUACUGGCUACAUGAGAACGAAGAGCGCAAACAGCAAAUGCAAGACCUGAAGGAGACAAUCUCAGAGCUUCAGGAGGAGCUGAGAAACCACAGACAUCGCAUCAAAGUUCUGGAGUUACAGAAUGAAGAGAAGAAUGGUCAGAAUUCUUCACUGGAGCAGCGAUUCCACGCCCUGGAACAGAUCUAUGAAGAAGCCAAUACUCUGCUUCACGUCCACGGGUCUCUCAUCUAUGACAUGCAGACGCAGAUCCGGAACCUCACCCUGGCCGUGGAGCGUGUUCGGCGUAACCCCGGCUGCAUGAUCAACAUCGUCCGCACCAGCCCGCUGCUCAGCACCCGCGACACCCUGCACCCCGAGGUUCAGCACAUACGGAACUGUCCAAUCGACUGUGCCUCACUGUACUACAAUGGAGUUCACCGAUCUGGGAUUUUUGCUGUAGUCCCAUCAUUAGGAUCAACACCAGUGGAGGUCUACUGCGACAUGGAGACUGAUGGUGGUGGCUGGACCACUUUCCAGCGGCGACAAGAUGGCAAGGUAAACUUUAAUCGCAGGUGGACGGAGUACAAAGAUGGUUUUGGAGAUCUGCAUGGUGAAUUCUGGUUGGGGAAUGAUAACAUUCAUUACAUUUCUAGUCAGGGUGAUUACUGCUUACGCAUCGACCUUGAGGACUGGAAUGGCAAACACAAGCAUGCUCUCUACCAAAACUUCAGGAUUGAAGAUGAGGAAAACCAAUAUCGUCUCCAUAUCUCUGGGUUUAGUGGGACGGUCGAGGACUCGUUUAGUUGGUACCAUGACAAGCAGAGCUUCAGUACACCGGACACGGGCAAUAUCUGUGCUGAAAUUUCUCAUGGAGGAUGGUGGUACCAUCAGUGCUUCUUCACUAACCUGAAUGGCAUUUAUUAUAAAGGGGGGCGCUACUCUGCUAAAGGGAAGAACCUGCUGGGUCCUGAUGGAAUCGUGUGGUACACCUGGAAAGAUUCAGAUUACUACUCACUAAAGAAAGUCAGCAUGAUGAUCCGCCCACGGACCUUCAAGCCCCGCCUUUCACCAUGACAACUGAUGCAAUUUACCACAAUAUUAGAAACAAGUUCAAUAGAGAGUUUCCAACUUUUAUGUUGGAACUUCCUGUCCUGGCCCACUAUGGAAUCCCACUGAACAUUUAAACAUCUGAUGAUUGCAGAUAUCAACUCCUUAUCUGUAGAAAAUAUCAUUAAUACAAUUAACAAUUCCUAUUUUAAUACACAUAUGUAUAUAGUUGUAAAUCGUAUUGAAUAAUUUUGGUAAAAUAGUCACUGGACCUUAUUCAGUGCUCGGUACAUCAUAUACUGUGUAUAUCUACUGCUCAGUUUUACUGUUAGUCAUAAAUAACCGUAUUAAUUUCAACAAAAUAAAAAACAUUUGAAUGUUGAAUUAAUGUCAAAAUUGUUUUUUUACUGCUUUGAUAAUGUGUGAAUGGAAAACCAAUA